UGAGUCCUCUUGGUGCACUGAUUGGUUGGAACUCUUGGGGAGGGGAAGAAAGGGGAAGGCGCUGACUCUCGUGCGGCUGCUUGGGGUACCUGAGUGGGGCGAGGCCCCUCUGGCGUAGGAGUGAAGGCACCUGUUCCGCGCGAGCGGGGGGGGGCGGCCAGAAUCCGGCACUGGGGCUUGUGCGGAGGAAAAGCAGGGAACUAUGAUAUUAUUACCGCCGUCAUCAUCGUUAGUAGUAAUAACAUUGUUACAUUAUCAAGGACAAAGAUAAAAAAUAAUACAUAAAGUAUUACUGUUCAGAAUACUAUUCUGAAUGACGAUGAUACGGUGCACAAUUUCUAGCAAAGCACUGACCUGCAGGACGGUUGUCUGAAAUGGCAAUAGACAUUUUGGGGGUUACUUCCCUCUCUUAAAAUCAAUGUAUAAAAAAGUCAAGGGACUUUUAAACUAAGCAACACUGCCCAGCUGUAUUGUAUGGGCAGAUCAGGUCUUUUGGUUGAGAUGGUGAGCUUCACAGGCCCUCUGCUCCCAGGUUUAGGUGCCAGGAAACCCCUCAUUCAUUUGUAUUGUGAUAGCAAUGCAUGGCCCUAAUGAAAACGAGCCCACUCUACUAGAUGUUGAACAAAUAUAUGAUAAGCAACAGCCACUAUCCAAAUAGUCCCAUAGAUAACAGAAAUAUCACGGUCUCCUAUUUACAGAUGGGGAAUAGAAACCCAGAGGUCCUGAUCUUGCCCAAUAUCACACAGCAAGUCUGUGGCAGAGCUGGGAAUAGAUACCAGCUCUCCUAAAUCAGUGGGCGUGCCUACACAUGUAUUAUCCAUGCCUAAAUUUAAUACACCUUUACUUAAGGUGCAUUAAGGCGGUUUAGGUGCACAUUAUAUGGCACAUUACAUUUAGGUGCGAAUACCUAAGUCGCAUUAGUGUACAUGCAGACACACUAAUGUGCAUUAAUGCUGUGUGUAUCCAUUGACGCUUACUGUAUUAAUGUGCAUUACCAUAUCCACACACACGCUAACGCAACUUAACUAUUCAUGCUUAAAUCUGAUACCUGCUUUAUGAAGGUAUAAAAUUUAGGCUCAUGGGACUUUUUGACACGUGCAAGCACUGCAACGUCGGGCAGUUUGAAAAGCACCCAAUGCUCCAAGACAUACAGUUAUAUAAGCAGCGAAAUGUGCGUCAGCGCAAAGAAAAUGGUGUUGGUGCACUUUUGAACUGAAACACCUCAGAGGUGCUUUAGGUCAAAAGUGCACGACCACCAUUUUCUGCGUGCUGACACACAUUUCACCACUUAUACAAUGGCCCGUGGCACAGCAUAGUGUGUGUCAGUUCAUAUACAGAGCAGACUUGAUUAAUUGAGUCUGCUCCGAAGUGGCGGAUCUUUGGUGUGUCACAGGACAAAAGGGUACGUGUAUAAAUGUCCAUAUAGCCGUAAAUCACCAUUUUUAAGGCUCAUUAAGGGCAUGCACAUGUAGAUACACACCCAUAAUGUGCCUUAAAAAUGGCUAUUUUAAGCUAAACCAACUUAAAAGAGGCACAUGUAGAGGCGCCCAGGGAUUCUCAACCAGGGUGCUGCAGCAUCCUGGGGUAUGUUGAAAUCCUUUCAAGGGUAGUGCAGAAUGCCAUGCAAUGAUAGCUUCUGUAGGGAGCUGGGUCUUGACCUUGCUACACCUGUCCUCCCUAACAAGCCAGGACCAGAAAUGCUGCGGCGAGACCUCACUGCUGUGGGUGUGGUCUCUUUAAAACUGGCAUUUUCCAAGGCUGGUGGAGGAAAGCAGAAGCUUAAAAGGCCUAUGGAGUUCCAGGCCAGGGGGAGACCAAAAUAUUGCUGGCACUAAGGUAUAUUGCUUUCCCCUGGAAAGGGGGCAAGAACCAGGAACAAAGACUUACCAGGUGUUGGAGCAGAGGCGUGGGCAAAUGAAGUUUGGGGGAAGCACCAGAGCGCCGGCAGUGAGCUACAGGAAGUCGUGGGGCUCUUUUUGCUGAACACAGAGCUCCCAGGUAUCCAGUGACUUGCAGGAAACAAGAGAUGAACAGAAACCAGAAGAAACUAUACCCUUUAGAAGUCACAGAAGAGUUUGUUCAGAAGUUCAAUCAUGCAAAAAGUCCAAAGGAUAAAGAAUCUUUACUAGAAAGAGCCAAGAAAAUGCUAGCCAGAUGUAAGAGAAGAUUAGGAAUUAACGUAUUAAGUUCUGGAAAACAUGUGGAUCUUAUGAGAGGCUGGACUGAAGCACUUAUAUUGGUGCACUGCAGUGGUGAAAUCCAAGAAGAGGCUUUGGAUCUCCUUUUAGUUUCUUUAGACCAAGCUCCAAUAGAUCUGGAACAUAUCCCUGUUUUACUUUCUGUCGCUGAAUCCGUUUUAUUCCGUCUCUCUCUUGAUGUGGCAUGGGAACCUUACUUAUACUCAACGGAAGUCAAGUUCUCAAAGGUUGGAUUUUUGGUUUUUUUAAGGCUCCUUGUUUUUCAUUUGUCUGGUCAAUUGGAGGUCUCUGAAGAACAGAUAGAUGGGCUUCAAAUAGGAUUAAAUGCAUUUUCACUUAGUGAACUACGCUACUUAUCAUUUCCAAACCUCUUCCUGGCUGUGAACUUUAUGCGGGAGUCUGGAGAAACCAUAUGUGGUGCUGUGGUACUUUCUGAAUCAUUAUCAGCAUCUGAUGUAAGCUUGGAAAGAAGACAGGAUCAGACUCUUCUUGGCACGACAGUUCAAUUAGAAGUUGAACAAAAAGAAUUCAAGAUUCAGUCCUUUGUUUGGCAUUGCCUUGUUGUUUGGGUAUGUGUAAACAACAACUCUUCACAACUAGAUGAAGUGCUCCAACAUCUUCUGUUCUGUAAGGAAGAGCUCUGCCAAAAAAACUGGUAAGGAUACUCUAACAAAUCUGACAUAAUUCUUAUAGAAACAACCUUUGUGUUUAAAUGUUAACUGCCCCUAAAUUGCCCAUGAAGAAGAUUUAUAAUCUCAGUGCCCAAAGCAGAAGCAAUUUAUGCACUUUGUAUGUCUUCAUUUUAUCAAUAAAUUGUUCCUAUUGUUUUUGCUAGAAGCACAUACAUAUAUU